CAUCAUCAAAAACAUCAUGGCUGGUCUGUUGGUCUCAUCACUUUUUUUCGUCUUCAUCGUUGGCGCUCAGGCUGCUUAUACCAGGCAAACUUACUAUCCAGCAUCUCAAUACACAAGCAGGGUUGGCAGUCCUUCUGUCUACAACAGUUAUCCUUCUGCAUACACUGGUUCUACGUCUAACUAUGGAAAGGUACCCUCCACUUAUACAAGCUAUGCCAACACACCAUCAAGCUAUGUGAGCUCUCCAUCAAGCUAUGCCAACAGCCCAUCCAGCUAUGUGAGCUCUCCAGCAAGCUAUGCCAACACACCAUCUAGCUAUGCCAACACCCCUUCAAGCUAUGCCAACACCCCUUCAAGCUAUGCCAACACCCCAUCAAGCUAUGCCAACACCCCAUCCAGCUAUGUGAGCUCUCCAUCCAGCUAUGCCAACACCCCAUCCAGCUAUGUGAGCUAUCCUUCAAGUUACCCAAGUGCUCCUAGCGUGUAUGCAAACAAUGUUGUCACAUACACGAAAACCCUGUCAGAUUAUGUAACUCCCUCAAGCUAUACCAACACCCCAUCCAGCUAUGCCAACACACCAUCAAGCUAUGUGAGCUCUCCAUCAAGCUAUGUGAGCUCUCCAUCAAGCUAUGCCAACACCCCAUCUAGCUAUGUGAGCUCUCCAUCUAGCUAUGCCAACACCCCAUCCAGCUAUGCCAACACCCCAUCAAGCUAUGCCAACACCCCAUCUAGCUAUGUGAGCUCUCCAUCUAGCUAUGCCAACACCCCAUCCAGCUAUGCCAACACCCCAUCAAGCUAUGCCAACACCCCAUCCAGCUAUGCCAACACCCCAUCAAGCUAUGCCAACACCCCAUCCAGCUAUGCUAGCAAGCCAUCCAGCUAUGCCAACACCCCAUCCAGCUAUGCCAACACCCCAUCAAGCUAUGCCAACACCCCAUCCAGCUAUGCCAACACCCCAUCAAGCUAUGCCAACACCCCAUCCAGCUAUGCUAGCAAGCCAUCCAGCUAUGCCAACACCCCAUCCAGCUAUGCCAACACCCCAUCCAGCUAUGCCAACACCCCAUCAAGCUAUGCCAACACCCCAUCCAGCUAUGCUAGCAAGCCAUCCAGCUAUGCCAACACCCCAUCCAGCUAUGCCAACACCCCAUCCAGCUAUGCCAACACCCCAUCAAGCUAUGCCAACACCCCAUCCAGCUAUGCUAGCAAGCCAUCCAGCUAUGCCAACACCCCAUCAAGCUAUGCCAACACCCCAUCUAGCUAUGCCAACACCCCAUCAAGCUAUGCCAACACCCCAUCCAGCUAUGGCAACACCCCAUCAAGCUAUGCCAACACCCCAUCUAGCUAUGCCAACACCCCAUCCAGCUAUGCCAACACCCCAUCAAGCUAUGCCAACACCCCAUCAAGCUAUGUGAGCUCUCCAUCCAGCUAUGUGAGCUCUCCAUCAAGCUAUGCUAACACCCCAUCAAGCUAUGCCAACACCCCAUCCAUCUAUGCCAACACCCCAUCCAGCUAUGUGAGCUCUCCAUCAAGCUAUGCCAACAGCCCAUCCAGCUAUGCUAGCAAACCAUCAAGCUAUGCCAACACCCCAUCAAGCUAUGUGAGCUCUCCAUCAAGCUAUGCCAACAGCCCAUCCAGCUAUGCUAGCAAGCCAUCAAGCUAUGCCAACACCCCAUCCAGCUAUGCCAACACACCAUCAAGCUAUGCCAACACCCCAUCAAGCUAUGCCAACACCCCAUCAAGCUAUGCCAACACCCCUUCUAGCUAUGCCAACGCCCCAUCUAGCUAUGCUAGCAAACCAUCCAGCUAUAUGGAUGAAAGACACUAG